AUUUCUCUGUUUCUACGUUUCUGCCAAACCUCUUUUAUAAUUUUCCUCCACUCCUCAUCGUUUCGAUCAUGUCCUGCACUAAAAAUUGAAGAAUCGUAGUCGAUGGCUACUUCUGCUUUGAUCGGGGAAUAUUUCCGAUAAUCGCCAAUUGCUCUGUAGCAUGUAAAUUCAUUUAAAGUCCAGUGAUAGUGACUCUGACUCUGCAACAAUUGCUGGAAACGAGGAUGCUAGCUGCUUCGAGGUGUUUUAGGGUUUCUGAGUUCCUCCGAUGCAGAGGCCAGCAGAAUGCGCAACUUGUUUAUAGGAAUUCAAUGUCUUUAAUCUCCAUUGAUCCUCAUUGGAGUACUACGUGUCUCAGAUUUUCUCGGCGGCAGUGUCUUGACAUUAGACCUCAAUGGCUGAACAGUGGAAGUCAUACAUUCGACGGGAAAUCUUCCUUAAGGCGCACCCCGUUGGAUGUCGGGUGCAAAGGUGGUUUCUUUAAACACUUGAAUGGGUUUUUGUGGGAUUCUGCGUCUCCCAGAAGGACUGGGCCUUACAGACAAUCGAGCUAUUUGCACCGUGGGCAUGUGUCGUUAUCAACGUCAGCUGGUGACUUGAGGGGAGCAAAGCAGGUUGGAGAGCAGGCACAAUCCAACAAAGUUGUAAAAAGACCUCCAGAAGAAGAAAUAGCAGACAUAAAAAUCCUGCAAACUCUUGCCAAGUAUUUGUGGCUGAAAGACAACCUUGAAUUCCGUUUGAGGGUGGUAAUGGCAGUGGGUCUUCUAGUAGGAGCAAAGGUUCUGAAUGUUCAAGUACCUUUCUUGUUCAAGCUUGCAAUUGAUUGGUUAUCAACAGAAACUGGAACUGGCAGUGAGCUUGCCUCGCUUGCAACUGCUAAUUCUACUUUUUUGGCACUUUUUGCAACCCCAGCAGCUGUUAUGAUUGGAUAUGGAAUAGCAAGGGCAGGGGCAUCGGCUUGCAAUGAAUUGCGGAAUGCUGUAUUUUCUAAGGUAGCGUUUCGGACAAUCCGCAUAGUUUCUAAGAAGGUGUUUUCACAUUUGCUUGACCUUGACCUCCAGUAUCAUCUGAGUCGGCAAACAGGGGCACUGAAUCGAAUCAUUGAUCGUGGCAGCCGGGCAAUAAACUUUAUUCUUUUAUCAAUGGUAUUCAAUGUUGUUCCCACCAUCUUAGAGAUUUCUAUGGUUUCAGGUAUACUGGCGUACAAAUUUGGAGCAUCGUUUGCGUGGAUUACAUCCCUCUCAGUUGCCGCAUAUGUUAUUUUCACACUGACUGUAACCCAGUGGCGCACUAAGUUUAGGCAAGCUAUGAAUAAAGCUGAUAAUGAUGCAAGUUCUAAGGCAAUUGAUUCAUUGAUCAAUUAUGAGACUGUCAAGUAUUUCAACAAUGAGGCUUAUGAAGCUGAGAAAUAUGAUGAGUUCUUAAAGAGGUACGAAAAUGCUGCUUUAAAGGCGCAAAGUAGUCUUGCAUAUCUGAACUUUGGCCAGAAUGUUAUAUUUAGCACAGCUCUGUCAACAGCGAUGGUGUUAUGUUCAAAUGGAAUUAUGAAAGGCGAGAUGACAGUUGGUGAUCUAGUUAUGGUAAAUGGGCUUCUCUUCCAGCUCUCUCUUCCUCUGAACUUUCUUGGCAGUGUGUAUCGGGAGACAAGACAGAGUCUUAUAGACAUGAAGUCAAUGUUUCAGAUACUCGAGGAGAAGCCUGAAAUUGAAGAUAAACCGUACGCAAAGCCUUUAAAGUUAUAUGGAGGGAACAUCGAAUUUGAGAAUGUUCAAUUUGGAUACUUGACCGAACGGAGGAUUCUUGAUGGGGUUUCUUUCAGUGUACCAGCAGGAAAAAGUGUGGCUAUUGUUGGAACAAGUGGCAGUGGUAAGUCAACCAUACUUAGAUUGCUCUACAGAUUUUUUGAUGUCCAAGCCGGAAGUAUCAAAAUAGAUGGCCAAGAUAUAAGAGAUGUAACAUUGGAGAGUCAACGGAAGUCUAUUGGUGUUGUACCACAAGACACUGUGCUUUUCAAUGAUACGAUAUUCCACAACAUACAUUAUGGUCGCCUCUCAGCAACGGAAGAGGAGGUGUAUGAUGCUGCUCGACGUGCUGCUAUCCAUGACACAAUCAUGAACUUCCCAGAAAAAUAUUCAACUGUGGUUGGGGAAAGAGGACUCAAGUUAAGUGGGGGUGAAAAGCAACGUGUGGCACUUGCGCGUGCAUUUUUGAAAGCACCUGCUAUUCUGCUAUGUGAUGAAGCUACAAGUGCUCUAGACAGUACAACAGAGGCAGAGAUUUUAAGUGCACUGAAUUCUCUGUCAAAGAACCGUACAUCAAUCUUUAUUGCUCAUCGUCUCACAACUGCAAUGCAAUGUGAUGGGAUUAUCGUUCUGGAGAAUGGGAAGGUGGUUGAGCAAGGUUCGCAUGAGACUCUCUUACCAAUGGCAGGAAGAUAUGCACAACUCUGGGGACAGCAGAAUAACAAGUCUGACACAAUUGAUUCGACUGUCAAACUAGAAGCAUGAGUUUCUUAAUUAAUUUCUUGUAUUAUCAUGACAUAAUAAUCUCGUUAGAUGUUUCGAGCUCUUAA